AUGGGCGAUGACCCUUUUCCGUGGCAUCUGGGCGUUUCUGAUGCCCAUUGCCAUCCGACCGACACCUUGGCCUCUUUGGACGAUAUCCCGAGUAUGAAGGCAAAAGUCUUGACGGUGAUGGCCACUCGAGCUCAAGAUCAAGAAUUGGUGGCAAAGGCGGCAGAUCGAUUCGGGUUGACUGUAGAAGAUAGAGACGACGUGGAGAUGAAAUACGAAAUCGUACCAGCGUUCGGCUGGCAUCCGUGGUUCUCUCAUCAGAUGUUUUUCGAGUCCGACUAUUCCAGCUCUACGGCGCUUACAUCGGAACAGAAGGUCAUACACUAUCAAAGUGUCCUCUCACCAAAGUCCGACGAUACAGCUUACCUCCAAUCUCUUCCCGACCCACGACCGUUUGAGCAGUUCCUCGUACAAACAAGACAGUAUCUCUUGCAGUAUCCUCUUGCCUUGAUCGGAGAAGUCGGUCUGGAUAAGGCUUUUCGGAUCCCAGAGAAUUGGCUGCCGAAUCCAGACCCGGACAUAACAGAGUGCCAAUGUCGAGACAGCAGUUUGACGCCCGGCGGCCGAGAAGGGAGGAAGUUGAGUCCUUACCGAGUAAGUAUGGAUCACCAAAAGCGAGUUGUGCUGGCACAGCUUGCACUCGCGGGUGAGAUGGGAAGGGCGGUGUCCAUGCAUGGGGUUCAAGCUCAUGGUAUCGUCUACGAGACGUUGGCUUCAACUUGGAAAGGACAGGAGAGGAAGAAACCGCCGCAGAAGGAGAGACGGAAGCUUGGUGGUGUUGUGCCGCAAGUAGAGAGAUCGGACGAUGAAGCAACGCCGAAGCCAUACCCACCUCGAAUAUGCCUCCACUCCUACUCUGGACCAGCAGACACCUUGAAGCUGUACCUCGCUCCUUCAGUACCCUGCGAGAUCUUCUUCAGCUUCAGCGUCACCAUCAACAAUUGGUCAGAAACUGGGAAUGGUAAGGUAGAAGCUGCAGUCAGAGCGGUCCCAGAUGAUAGGAUCUUGGUCGAAAGUGACCUGCAUACCGCUGGCGAGAGGAUGGAUGGGUAUUUGGAACAAGGCGUGAGGAAGAUUUGCGAGGUCAAGGGGUGGGAGUUGGAGGCAGGCGUGAGGCAACUUGGGAGGAAUUGGAGACGAUUUGUGUUUGGUGAGGGCUGA